CAAAUUUAAAUAAUAAUAAUGAAGUAGCAAAAUGCUGUUAACCUUUCUGCAGGUUAUAAACACAGGCGUGAAGGUCUGGUCCAGAAAUACUGAUGGAGAACAGUUCGGUUGUGCUUUCAGACUGGCUCAGGAGGGUAUUUACACGCUGUGUCCAUACAUCAGAGCCCGAAUCAUCAACAUCUGCGUGGAGGACGUGAAGGUGCUCCUCACGCAGGAGAACCCCUUCCUCAGGAAACUUGGAGAUGAUGCUCACAAUCAGGCCAAGAAACUUGGAAUGGGCAGCAUUGUUUUAAGAUACCUACCAGAUCCAAAGUAAGUGCUCAUGUUCUCAGUCCAUAUUAUUACAACACGGUUAUUAAACAAG